AUGUCAACAGCGGUAAUGAAUUUCAAGGCGACUGCUCCUGGGGCAGGCGAUGAUCGUGGGGAAAUGCAGCAACCGGCCGAGAAACAGAAACUUGGUCAUCGUCGUAUCGAUGAGCAGGGAGAGUACAGCAAAAGCUGCAUGUCUUCAAAUUUUGGGGAUAAAUUUACCAAUUCUGUACAAAAAACCAAGUUCAGCAUGAAUGUCAGUUACAAGAAGGUGCCCACCAAUGCGCUUAUGAGCGCAAUUCAACUGGGCAUCGCAAACUCCAUUGGCAGCCUUGCGUCCCGUCCCGAUCGAGACUUGUUGUUGCAAGACUUCCAAAAGAUUGAAAACGUAGCAUUUCCUGCUGCUGGCUCAGCUACAACACCGUCACAUUCAUUUGGCGAUUUUCGCUUCAAAACCUAUGCACCGAUUGCAUUUCGAUACUUCAGGGAACUGUUUAACAUCAAACCGGCAGAUUUCUUGAGGUCCACCUGUACAGAACCUUUGAGGGAAUUGUCCAAUGCCGGUGCAUCCGGGUCAAUAUUCUAUGUUUCACAAGAUGAUCAAUUUAUUAUCAAAACAGUACAACAUAAAGAGGCUGAAUUUUUGCAGAAGUUGUUACCCGGGUACUACAUGAAUCUCCAACAAAAUCCAAAAACCUUGCUGCCAAAGUUUUUCGGGUUGUUUUGCUACCAGAGCUUGGGAAAGAAUAUUCGUUUACUAGUAAUGAAUAAUUUGCUACCACAAAAUGUAACCAUGCACGAGAAAUAUGAUCUCAAAGGGUCAACUUACAAGCGUUUAGCUUCGAAAGCCGAACGAGCAAAGGCCUCCCCAACCUUGAAAGAUCUAGAUUUUAUUGAAAAUCACCCUAAUGAAGGUCUCUCAAUGGAUCCUGUUUCAUAUGAUAGUCUUAUACGAACAAUUAGCAGGGAUUGUUUGGUAUUAGAAAGUUUCAAAAUCAUGGACUACUCUUUGCUAGUGGGUAUACACAAUAUGGAAUUAACAUCUUCUGGUGAUCGGAGUCGUGCUCAACCAGUUCGACAAGAAAGUGAGGAUGAGUUAGAGCAGGUCGACGAUCUGCCAAGCACGAGUAGAGGCGAGACUGAAGCUCGGCGAAGGCCAUUGCAAACGAAGUUCUCCGUUUGGGAUCAGUCCGAGUUUGAAGGCUCUGUGCCUCCUGGUGGCGUUCCAGCUCGAAAUUCAAAUGGUGAUAGGUUGAUUUUAUUCCUUGGUAUUAUUGACAUUUUGCAAAACUACCGAUUGCUUAAGAAAAUGGAGCAUACGUGGAAGGCGAUAUUGCAUGAUGGGGAUUCUAUUUCCGUCCACAAUCCCAACUUCUAUGCUCAAAGAUUUCUGUCAUUCAUGACAGAGCACGUCUUCAAGAAAGGACCAGCUCACUAUUGA